AUGAAUUCGCCAGAGCCACCCUUGCUUCACCGACUUAAAGCACAGGCUUCCAUUUUGACCCUCGUGGUAGCAGAGUCAAGGAUCUUUGCCGGCACGCAGGAUGGAGAAAUCAUAGUCUGGUCUUUAGACACUUACCAGCACAUUGCAAGAAUACGUGCGCACAAGCAAAGUGUUUUGUGCCUUUCUCUCUCAGGCAAUGGACGAUUGCUUUUCUCCAGCGCCGGCGACGCCAUCCUGAACGUAUGGGACGCUUCGAAUCUUCAGCGCGUCUAUUCGAUUUACUCUAGCUACGAUGUUGGCGAUGUGUUCUGCGUUGCCUAUUCUUCCAAUCUGCAAACCGUCUACUUAGGCGCUCAAAAUACGGCCAUCCAAUGGUACGACCUGUCAGAAAGGGAUUCCCGACCUCCCCCAGACCCAAAAUCACACCCUUCGUACCGUAAUCACCGCUUUUUUGAUUCGAAAGGCCCUGGUGGCACCUCUACACCAAGGCCUUCAUCGCCAGAGGAGCCUCGUGCUCUCGGUGGCAGGGAAUUAGAGAUAGAGCGAAAUCACAUUGUCCAUUACGCCCAUUUUGGCUAUGUCUACUGUAUGCUGCUCGCUCAAGACCUGAAAACGCCACGUUACCAAGGCGAGGUGUUGAUAUCAGGCGGAGGAGACGGCUCUAUCAAACUCUGGGCUCUAGAUGCUUCAAAAGACGGCACCAUACAGCCUUUGGAAUGUUUAGAGAAUGGUGAUGCGUCCGUUCUUGCUCUUGCAAUUUGUAGCAAUUUCCUGUACAGCGGCAAGCUUGAGGGUGACAUCGACGUUUGGGACCUUGAGACUUGCCAGCGACUUAGACAUAUCAAGGCCUGCUCUGAUGAUAUUCUGACGCUUUCUGUAGGGCAUGACCUGAUAUUUUCUGGAAGCUCGAAGGGUGGGGUGAAGAUAUUCAAUCAGCAUCACACAAAAGUCAGUGAGUGGCAAGGGCAUGAGCGACUCAUCCUCACAUCUGCGGUCACAUCCUUGAGGAAUCGAGAGCUAUACGUGUCUGGCGGUAACGACGGUAUUAUCGCUAUUUGGGACGUCAGUAACUGCUUCGAUCGCCCUAAGAAGGCAGACAUCGCAGACAACGAGGAACUUAUCAACGACCUUGCGAAGCUGAUCUCUUAUCCGACCAUAUCUUCACGUGUCCCCUACGCAAAUGAAUGCAGACGCGGAGCACGAUUCUUAAGGGAUGUUUUUAAGCGCUUCGGCGCAGAGACUGACUUGCUCAGUACAGAAGAGCAACGAAACCCCAUUGUCUUCGCGCGCUUUAGCCAUGACCAGACGAAUGUAGGUAAGCGGAAAGCAAUACUAUUCUACGGGCAUUAUGAUGUGGUGUCUGCUGAUAGCGAUACGCAUGGCUGGUCAUCUGAUCCGUUUGCUCUGCGAAAAGCCGACGGAUAUCUCUAUGGACGUGGUGCUUCUGACAACAAAGGCCCGGUGCUGGCUGCCGUAUAUGCUGUAGCCGACGUCAUCAGGGCUAAAUCGCUAAACAUUGACAUCGUGUUCUUGAUUGAAGGUGAGGAGGAAUCGGGUUCCUUCGGUUUUGCCAAAGCCAUCAGAAAGCACAAAUCUCUCAUUGGCAAAAUCAAUUGGAUACUGCUUGCGAAUAGCUACUGGUUGACUGACGACAUUCCCUGUCUAACAUAUGGGUUACGGGGGGUUGUGCGUGCAAUCUUGACCAUCAGAAGCGACCGAGAGAAUCUGCAUAGUGGUGUGGAUGGCAGUUAUAUUCUAGAUGAAGCGAUGAAAGACCUCGUUGCAGUGCUCGCGGGUCUGACUGAUCACGAUGGAAAGGUCAACAUCCCGGGAUUCUACGAUGACAUCCCGCCAAUCAGGAAGGAAGAAGAUGAACUAUAUCGAUUCAUUAUUAAGAACUUGUUGCAGCGUAAUGCUGGCCUUGGCGAUCCAGAUAGUAUGAAGGAGAUGUUCAAAGCAAGAUGGCGAGAGCCAUCUCUCACGGUACACCGCGUCCAACAGUCAGGCCCUGCAAGCUCCACUAUCAUUCCACACACGGCUCGGGCAGAUAUCUCUAUACGUUUAGUCCCUAACCAAACCACUAAGGACGUGAUCGAUGCGCUUAGUAAAUAUCUUGACAAAAGCUUUACUACUCUAAAAACCUCAAACAAAAUGUCACUUGAAAUUGAGCACGCGGCAGAACCAUGGCUCGGUGAUCCCAGUAAUCACAUCUUUAAGGUCCUGGAGAAAGCGGUAAUGGAAGUUUGGAAGCCCCUCUUGAGCGAUCAAGAGCGCACAAAGACGCCUUUGAGAUCAAAAACGAGCAAGUCUGACCCAUCCAGAGCAUUGGUGCACAGAGGAUCCAAAUCACCACCAUUGACUUCAACAAUCUUGUCUGGCUCUACAAAACCCUCUUCUCUCACUGGGAAGCCAGACAUUAAAUCUUUUGAGUGCAGACAUCGUGGCCCUCCGCCUGCGAAUCAACGACCUUUAUACAUCCGUGAAGGUGGAUCGAUACCAGCUAUUCGAUUUCUUGAACAGGAAUUCAAUGCCUCAGCUGCUCAUCUUCCAUGCGGUCAGACAAGUGACUCUGCCCAUCUCGACAACGAGCGAUUACGUGUAACCAAUCUGUUCAACAGCAGAGAGAUCUUUCGACGAGUUUUCAUAGAGUUAGGUAAAAGCUGA